UGCGGUUGGCAACAGUGACAAAGAACACAAAUGAAGUUAGGACCGUCACCAUUAAUCACUGCGUUAGAGACAUAUUUUUUAGCCGGAAUAGUGAGAAAAUAGUGCUCGGCUCGUUAUAAUAAAACAGCAUGUGAUAAGUGGAGUGGCGUGUAGUGUUUUAAACAUGAGAACAUCCAGCCAGUGUCUCAGUUAAGGAAGUGAUGCCUAGUUAUGAAAACGCUCCCACCACUACGCCAUUUUUGUUUUAGUUAUUAUUUAAAAGUUGUUGUGAUCCACAAUGGUACUAGUGUUACAUGUGCUUGUGUACGGCACACCAGUGCCGUAUUAAUGUUUUACGUACAAUUAAUGUGUAACGCAAUACAACAAUUCGUUGCUUUGUUGUAUUCCACACCUGCAACAACAGGGUCACUGCACACCAGAUAUUGGAUCCCACUCUGAUCGCACGUUCAACAAACAACGUACCAAAAUGAGUAUGAAUAUACCCUUGCCGGCUGUGGUCAAAUGCGAAACACCCCUGAUAGUGGAUCUAACUGAACAAGAAGAUAUAGUUCACCACUGGGACUUGGAUGUUCGUGCGGUCUUUAAAAGGGGCUUCAACAAUGAUGAAAUUCGGCUUAAUCAAUUCAUGAAGGAAUAUGUCAAGUCCGUACAAGAAGAAGCAACUCACUUCAAGGACCGUCUAGAACUACAAACUACUAUGCUCCAUCACAUAGAGUACUUCCAUUUAACUCAGAUCCAGUUGAACUGCUGUUUCAUUGAGAAGUACUUGUUUAACAUGGAAGACAUACUGAGGGAGUACUUCCAUUUGGAGGAAGAGAUCCUGAACCAGACUUUCAAACAGUUGGGCAAAGUGACCAAACAGUUCAACAAGAGGGUGCAACAAUCUUACAGGGUGCUCAUGUACAUGUUCAAUGUGUAUCUGCUCAAUAGAGAAGAUCAUAUUAUGCAUGUUAUGAUCAAAGUGAAUAUGAAUACAAUCAAAAGGAAGAAAUGCCUUCCAUUGCGCCAGAAGAUUUAUGAGCAUCUAUUCGUUCCGAAGUCUACAGACCUCUCGGACGAGGCGUAUUGCCGUGCGCACAUCCUUUAUCAAGACUGGAAGGACUGCUAUCUCAAAGAGUUUCAUUAUUUGCUCGACGAGCUCCUCCUGCACCGCUACGAACGCGAUAAGGACUCGAUAGAACACAGUGAAACGCUCAAAAAAAUAUUGUCGCCCGAACCGGAAUCGAUGCUUGACCGCCUCUCGGAAAUUAUGGACCCGACGCUGAGCAUCGCCCGCGAAUACUUCAAGCACGUGCAGGACAACGGCUUGAACGGAUUGGACAAUGAACUCGAUUCGGUUCCUGAUAUUGCUUACGAUGACGAUGAAACUGACGACGUCGAUUCGGGUUUCCUCAAAGCUUAUCAAGGCGUCAUGGAUAGUAUUUCCAAUCUGAUGAACGAUGAGAAUGCUCAAGCAGUUAUCGAAGACGACGAUGACGAUGAUGUGCAAGUCGUCUCGGUUGAAAAGUCGAAGAAGAAAACGUCGGAGCCGAUAGUAAUCGAUCUCCUAGACGACGAUGAUGAUGACGACAUUCCCAAACCUCCUCAGAAAUCUCCUGGAAAGAACAUGGAACCAGUGGCAUUGUCGUCGAAGUUCCUAGACGCAAUCAAGUUGCCAGAGAAGCCGAGGCGUGUGUUCAAGAAGCGCGUGAGGAAGCCGUCCGUUGAAGAAUCGGCAGAGAGCGUCGCCGAAGACAAGACCUCAUUCCCGUGUCCUGCCACUUUGAUAUCACACACGACUUGCCUUACGUACACAUCGAGUCCGCCGGUCCAAUCCACCAUAUCGAGCCGUACGGCCGUCACGAACAGUGUCAGUGUAUCACGUGUUAAAGUUAACGAACAAUCGAAGGACGGAGAGAUGCGUAGUCCGAACGUUACUAGGGCGCUAUAUAUUUACGGUAUCGAAUCUCCGCCUUCGUCGACGGAAGACGGCGACAAGGAUCAAGAUCACGUUAACAAGAUGCUGAAGGAUAAUAAUCAAACAGUUUCUGCAUCACAGGAUGAAACGUACGACCAGAAAGGCGAUAACAUUUCAUCCAUUAUUGACACCCCAACGUCGGACAGAGAAGGUGGAUCUUCAUCAAUUGGCGACUAUGUGGAACACUUGAACGAAAUUGAGGAACAGAGCAUUUCACCUAAGAAAAUAGCGCCAGAUAUAUUGCCGAACACCAAGAAAAAAGACACCGGACAAACAGGUGAUGAGACCACGGCAUCAACCACGAUACCUCAUAACGACUUGGGAGACGAUUAUCAAUUUAACUGUGACGCUGAAGAGGAAGAGUUGCUAAAACGUUAUGAAGACGAUUUAGAUAACACCAUCGUCGAGGACAUCGAGGUAGAACAAUCCGUCGACGAUCCUGACGUUACUAUUAAAAUUCAUUGUGAUAUUCAACCAAAUAACACUCAAGAAAUCGUAGAAGAGAGAACAAACGACUUAGAUAGUGUAACUCCCGACAAGACUGAAUCUAAUGCAGAGUGUAAACAAAAUGGCGAAUCAAAGACGCAGGAAAUCCAUCUGAAUAACAACAAAGAAAAGGAGGUACAACAACCAGAACCAGAAUUAUCAGAUGAUAACGAAACGGCCAAAACUAGCGGAAUAGAGCCGGGCAGAGUCAUUCACACGGCAAAAUGCAACAACACUUCUGUGAGGGCGAAUCUAGGUUUGAUUUCCGUUAACGAUUUCGAGAAUUUCCAACAAGAUUUAUGGGAAACCGUUCAGUGCACUGAUAGCACUAACGGUUACCAGAGCGACGAAGAAAACAGCGAGGCUGUACGAGUUGAGUCGGUUCAGAGUCGGGACGAAACUCAACCGGAAGAUCAGAUAGUCGGCGACAUUGAAGUCACUGAAUCCAUCGACAUGGAAAUCGAUGCGGUUAUGAACGAAAUUGAAACGGUCACGAAUGAAGUCGACAUUGAACAGGUGGUGAGUGAAAUGGAGCCGGUUGAAGAAGUUCCUGCGAUAAAAAAACUGAAAGAUAUGGCAGUGCAGGACAAAAAGAACGGAAAAAUAGUAAAAUCACCGAAGGCAAACGCCGUCGUACAAUUCAUGAUACCUGACAAGAUCGUAGUGAAUGUUCCUCCUUCUCCACCACCUUACAAUCCGGAACUGUCGGACGAGGCGCCUGAAAUGCACUCGCCGGAGAUAGUUUCGCCGCCUUACGAACCGAUCGACGAAAUGGACGAUUACGAUGAACAAGUGAAUUUGGAGAAGGAGAAAGAGAGAGCACAAAAAACCGAGAUUCAGGUGUUGCUCGAGCGUAGCAUUGUCGAGGAUUACGAGCCGGUGAAGACGCCGCGCGGGCGUGGUCGUCCAAGGAAGGCGCCGGAAGAUAACGGUGCCGUGUCCAAUGAUAAAUCAGUACGAGGGAUCUUAAAAAAGACUGUUAAAAAGAACGUUAAUAUAGUGGAGCCUUUUUUCUCUCACAUUAUCGAUAAAAGACAAGUCAACAUGCUCAAAAAAAUGUGUAUACUUGACGACACCCUGUCAAAAAGUCAGAUAGAAAAGGCACUGCUUGCUAACAUUAGUGAAGUCAAUCACAAAAAAGCUGAGAAAUCAGUUUUCUUUAUGCUUAAGUAUGACAAAUCUUUACCAGGAACAUCGACGAACGAAGUUAAUGAAGUUAAUGUACCAACAGCAAAUUGUACCACUUCACCUCUUAAUUCCGAAAUUUCACUAACCCCUCCUACAGUCGAACCUAAAACCAUUGUUAGUUAUGCUUCUGAUCCAUCUGUAAGUGGCGAAAAUACUCAAAUAGUUAGUCCAGAAAUAUACUCGCCCGUAGAUAAUCAAAAUUUAACCGCGAAUUUAGAAGUUCAAGGUGCUCUUAAUAUUACAAAUGUGUUUCCGACAACAGAAACUCAACAUUUGUCAAUGAAUUUAGAGGUUCAAGACACCGUUACCAUUGCAGAUGGAUCAAAGAAAUACAUACUGACAAUACCUGUACAACCCACCAAUAACAAAAAUUUGUAUGUAUUGGACGAGAAAACUAGUGAAUUUAUAUCGUCAUUGUCACUCAAUUCUAGUUCUGAACACGUAACAGUAACUUCGGAGCCAGUCGAGUUUAAUCUACCAACGUCAAGUGAAUAUGCAUCUUCUUUAACUAAACUCUCGGUACCGGUCUCUGAAUAUGUACCAGUAACAACACAGACGCAAAGCAAAUCGGAUAACGACUCAUAUAGCAUUGAUAAGUACGGGACGAGUUCGAAACAUACGCGACCCGAAUCUCUUUCUCCGCCAAGUAAUUAUCAAAUUUUAAAUCCCAAUGUGCCUGUCACUAAACCAAUAAGUUAUAACAUCGAUAGCACUAGUGAUUACGCGUAUAAAAUGUCGAACCGUGAAUCUCCCCGCCCUAGGUCUAACGAGUACGUGCCCGUGUCGCUUACUUCCAAAAAGGAGCUAACGAAGGCUAGACGUAAAUCAAAAUCUGUAGAGCUCCCGCCAAGCAAAAGGUCUAGUAAUUAUGUACCUAUAACCGCACCUUUAACAGCGCAUUCUAAAUUAGAGCCCAACAGUUACGACACUGAAUACGCGUCCUCUGUCUUAAAAUUAAACAAUUCGGAGUCUUUACCCAGAGAUUUGAGUCCCCCCGUUUGCAAAACUAGUGAAUAUGUGAUAUCGGACCGUCUUUCGAGCUCAGAAACUGUCAGUUAUAAUGGUGAAUAUGCUACUCCUUUGUUGAAACCUUUGGCACGCGAAGAUAGUCCAGUUAACAGAUCUGAGUAUGUGCCAGUGCCAACUGAAUCUCUAAAUGUGAAUCCUGAGACCUUGAAUAAUUAUAGUAUUGCCAAUCCAGAAGAUUAUUCGACUACUUUGACUUCGCUCUCUAGUAAACAAGAACAACCCCCCUUGUACAUACCCAAAUUGCCUUUAUAUUCUAGUACUAAGCAUAAUACCUCGCCUUCGUUUAUCAAUGACUCGUCGAAUGACUACGUGCCAAGUGUAAGCAGUUCCUCCAGUUAUACUAAUUUAUACACUAAAGAUAAUAUCGAUAAACCGCAGUUGCUUUCUACUAGUACCCCAGCGGAUAAUCUUAUCGCUGACGCUCCUAUGGAGUACAUAGUCAUAACUGAACCUAACAGAUCCGAACCUUCGAAAGACAUUUCCGUGAACACUAUGAAGAAUUUUCCAACAAUUAAAACUCAAGACAUUUCCGUUACCGCUACUUCUGACAUCACUCUCAUUAAAUGCGUAAACUUAUCAUCUACACCGAUAGGUGCGAUUACCACCUCUGAAUCGGAUAUCAAGGGGUCCGAUUUGGGUCGUUUGUCCGAUACUCCGCCGCAAGUUCUCCUAAACGACACCACUUUAACGUUGCAAGCAAUUACGGAAUACACCAAAGCUUUCGUCUCCGACUCCAUCCAACUAGUCGAUUUACCUUUAACAAGCGUGUCUGAAACGUUCGUUCGCGAUUAUAAGAAAAUAGAACCCGUAACUACAGUAAAAGACAAUUUCGAAUCUAGUCAUCUGUACAAUUCGACCAUCACAUCAACCGAAGACGAGGUUGUCAAUGUAGUUAAUGUGGAUUACGAUGAAAAUCCUCAUCAACUGCUAGAAGAUGCAUAUCACCUGACCACGAAUAUCGCUAAUUCCCGACUGAACACCGAAUCAACUGCUACGAACUCAUAUCCAAUUUUUUGUAAUACGUACGCCGCCUUCCCAAAAGUACCCCUACAUUCCAACGAAGACUGUAAUUGUGAACGCACUCUGACCCCAAAAACCCCACUCCCGAGGAAUCCCCCAUCAGACUUCUCCAAUUCUUCCGAUUCAUCUCUUUUGUCGAAUGAAGUGGUGCAACGUUGCAUUCAACAAACAAGCGAAAACAAAGAAGAAGAUAAUUCGUCAAUUAGUAGUACUUAUUUUUCUAAUAAUUCAAACUUUUACCAAGAUAAUUCUGAAAAUAAUACUAACAAUGCUGUACCUUACAUUCAACCAUCAAUAAUACCAGACUCUUAUGAUUUUGAUAAAAAUAACAAAAAUGAAGUUUUCAAUAAAAUCGAUGCUAGUAUGUUUGAUAAAGAUGAAUACGAAUCAAGUUCUUUAGCUACUUUACCAUUAAAGAAACGCAAGCGUAAAUUAUCAAUAGCAAGUUCGAAAGAAGACCCAGAAAACGAAGAAGAAGCCCUGGACCCUCAGCAAAUAGAAGCAAUCAUAGCAGAAGCAAGAUCGCAACCGAACGAAAAACAGAAGAGAAUCGAAGAAGACAAGAAGGUGUGCUAUCCGGGUACCACCGCUAGGAUGAUGAACAUAGCCGAAGUGAAGGAGAAGUUUUUCUCAAAUGUCAGCGAAUUCGAUGCGCAACGUACAUUCAAGACACUAGCCGAACGUAAAGAAAUACCCCCCUUGCCCAGCGGUUAUCUGGUAAACUCCGAGUCGCCCCAAAAAGCCACUUACAUCCCUCCUCCCGCUAAAAAACCACGUACUGACACGUACGACCUGAAAUCUCCGGGCUACCCUUUCACCCCCGUUCCCGAAAUGUAUCUAGCCGAUGGGCUGUCGAAGGCGCCCACGACCGAUCUGAACAAGUCGUUGCCGCUGCAAGACCCCAUGCGUUAUCCCAAACUCGUGGGCGCCCCCGAUUACGGGCUCCCUCAGUAUCCGACCAGCUCAAUCGGGUCGAUGGGCGGGCCCACUCAAUACACCAGCUAUCCGUACUCGAGUCCCACCUAUCCGCUGGUCAAUAUUCCGUCCGUUGCGCAUUACAAUUCGUACAUGUGUCCUCCAUAUGAGACGGCUCAAUGUCCUAGGGUAGAGGAGGCACACCUUCAGAAGACUCAAGAAAUCACGAAGAAGAAGAACACAAGAACUACCACCAAGAGGAAAAGUAGCAAAAAGAAAAAAUAAUCGACGUCAUUUUGAAUUAACUAACCUUUCAAUUCAAUUUACUAUUCAGUAUUUAUUUUUUAACUUUGUAAAUUUUUGCAUGGCUGUGAUAGUAUUAAUUUGUUACUAUUUAUAAAUUUUUAUCAAAUGUUAUUAACUUAUUUUACAAUUAACUAUGAAGAUAUGAGAACACUGACUGAAGCAAGAAGAAUAGAAAUCAAUCAUCCUGAUCACAGAGUUUAUACGCCGUGGAAUUACAAAAUAUAUUCAACACAGGGUGACCGCUCUAAUUUUCACGUCAUCCUCGCAUUUAUUUAUCUAAUUAUUUUUUUAUAUAAUACUUUACAUUUAUUAAUCAUUUUUUAUUAUUCGACUGAUGUAAAUCAUUUACAAAUCAUCCAAAUUAAUCAUAAAAUAUUAUCAAUGUCAGAAAUGUACUUUUAAUUUUUGAAACAUGGACGAUGUCACCGAUCCAUAAGCCCUUAUCGACUUUUUCUGGUUUAAGGUUCCAACAAUUUCGGUCAGCCAGUCACUGGAAUGAGACCUGGAAAACGAAAACUAAAUGAGGCAGGUAGCUCGGUCGACAAUUUAGGCGAAAGUAAUGAAACUCCGAAACGGGUGGCGCGUGUUUACAGGAAAUCGGAGGGGACAAAG